GAACUUUCUGACUGUAUCAACUAUCAGUCUACGAAGCCAGAUCAUAUACUCGAACUCAUCUCACACAGCUAAAAUUCAACAUUUCUUUCACCAAGAGAGAGAAGAGAAAGAAGAGAGAGAAUGCUACUGGACGGAAUCGAAGACGAGGACAAAUGGCUCGCAGAAGGCAUCGCCGGCAUUCAACACCACGCCUUCUACAUGCAUCGAGCUCUGGACGCUAACAAUCUCAGAGACGCUCUCAAAUACUCGGCUCAGAUGCUCUCCGAGCUCCGAACCUCGAGGCUCUCGCCUCACAAAUACUACGAACUCUAUAUGCGAGCGUUCGAUGAGUUGAGGAAGCUGGAGAUGUUCUUCAAGGACGAGAGCAGGCAUGGCGUUUCGAUCAUUGAUCUCUACGAGCUUGUUCAGCACGCUGGCAACAUUCUACCGAGAUUGUAUCUCCUAUGUACGGUAGGAUCUGUGUACAUUAAAUCAAAGGAAGCACCUGCCAAAGACGUGCUUAAAGACCUUGUGGAAAUGUGUCGUGCUGUUCAACAUCCGAUUCGGGGGCUCUUUCUGAGGAGUUACCUUUCUCAAGUCAGUAGAGAUAAGUUACCUGAUCUCGGUUCUGAGUAUGAAGGAGGUUCUGACACUGUUACGGAUGCCGUAGAUUUUGUGCUACAGAAUUUUACAGAGAUGAAUAAGCUUUGGGUUCGAAUGCAGUAUCAGGGACCUGGUCGGGCGAGAGAGAAGCAUGAGAAGGAAAGAAGCGAACUUCGUGAUCUAGUAGGGAAAAAUCUCCUUGUUCUCAGUCAGAUAGAGGGUGUGGAACUCCAAAUGUACAAAGACACUGUUCUUCCCAGAGUAUUAGAGCAGGUUAUCAACUGUAAAGAUGAGCUGGCCCAGUAUUAUUUGAUGGAUUGCCUGAUCCAGGUCUUUCCGGAUGAGUACCACUUGCAGACACUGGAGACAUUAUUGGGUGCUUGCCCCCAGCUUCAGCCAACAGUGGAUAUCAAGACAGUGCUAUCUCAAUUAAUGGACAGGUUAUCAAAUUAUGCUGCUUCAAGUACAGAUGUAUUACCCGAAUUUCUUCAAGUCGAAGCUUUCGCUAAAUUAAGUAGUGCUAUUGGGAGGGUGAUAGAAGCACAAGUUGACAUGCCUAUUGUUGGAGCCAUAUCUUUGUACGUCUCUCUUCUUACAUUCACACUCCGUGUUCAUCCUGAUCGUCUAGAUUAUGUGGAUCAAGUACUGGGAGCAUGUGUUAGGAAGCUACCGGGAAACACUAAGGUUGAAGACAAGAGAGCCAUAAAGCAGGUUGUCGCACUAUUAAGUGCUCCUUUGGAAAAGUACAAUGACAUUGUCACAGCCCUCACACUUUCUAAUUAUCCUCGAGUUAUGGAUCACCUUGAUAAUGGAACAAAUAAAGUCAUGGCAAUGGUUAUCAUUCAAAGCAUUAUGAAAAACGACUCUUGUAUCUCGACUGCUGAUAAGGUGGAGGUAUUGUUUGAAUUAAUCAAAGGGCUGAUCAAGGAUUUGGAUGGUACUUCUGAUGAUGAGCUUGACGAGGAGGAUUUUCAUGAUGAGCAAAAUUCUGUUGCUCGCCUUAUACACAUGCUUUAUAAUGAUGAUCCAGAAGAAAUGUUAAAGAUCAUAUGUACGGUAAAGAAGCACAUAAUGAAUGGAGGGCCAAAGCGCUUACCUUUUACUGUUCCUCCUCUUGUUUUUUCUGCACUUGGGUUGGUUAGGCAACUGCAAGGUCAGGAUGGAGAGGUAGUUGGAGAAGAUAUGCCUGCCACGCCGAAGACAGUUUUUCAGUUUCUAAAUCAGACAGUAGACGCUCUUUCCUCUAUUCCGUCUCCUGAACUGGCAUUAAGGCUGUACUUACAUUGUGCUGAGGCUGCCAACGACUGUGAUCUUGAACCUGUUGCUUAUGAAUUCUUCACUCAGGCAUUUGUACUAUAUGAAGAAGAAAUCGCGGAUUCCAAAGCUCAAGUGACUGCAAUACAUCUCAUUAUUGGGGCUCUUCAGAGGAUGAAUGUGUUUGGCACUGAAAAUAGGGAUACUUUAACACACAAGGCCACAGGGUAUUCUGCAAAGCUUUUGAAGAAACCUGACCAGUGCCGAGCAGUGUAUGCAUGUUCACACCUGUUUUGGGUUGAUGAUCAGGAUGGUGUUAAAGAUGGAGAAAGGGUCUUGCUUUGUUUAAAGCGUGCCUUAAGAAUUGCAAAUGCUGCUCAACAAAUGGCCAGUGUAACUCGGGGUAGCAGUGGGCCAGUGACACUCUUUGUUGAAAUACUAAACAAGUACCUCUACUUUUUUGAGAAAGGAAACCCCCAGAUUACCAGUGCUGCAAUUCAGGGAUUGGUGGAGUUAAUUACAACCGAGUUGCAAAGUGACUCUAGUAAUGUGAAACCGGCCUCUGAUGCAUUUUUUGCCAGCACAUUGCGGUACAUACAGUUCCAGAAACAGAAAGGCGGGGCAAUGGGUGAAAAAUAUGCAUCUAUUAAGGUGUGACUGACUCGCGUCUUCUUCUUAAACUCAAGGACAAACAAAUUGUUUGGGUUGAAAUGAUGGUGAGUGGCAGCCAGAUGAGUAAUCAAUGGCUCAAAAAUGCCACUGUACCAAAGUGGCAGCCGAAGCUUCAUGUACAGUUCUUCUUCCCUCUGCGUUUGAUAGGACAAGCAACUAGUAGCAUCUAGAAUUUCUAGAUGACGGUUUUGUGUCAUUGUUGCUCCUGGAGCGAAGCUCAUUUUUUUUUUCCUUCUUUUGGCCCGACAUUUCUAAAUUUGAAGGUAGUUGGAGUUUGAAGGGAUAUCUACAGUCCCCGUGAAAGAUGUGUUUGACGCAAGUGGUAUUUGUGUAGGGUUGAGAACUACAGAUGAUACAAAAUAGUUGGUUAUUUGUUUGACAGAUAGAAACUAUACAACGAAGUUCGAUUUAGAAUAUAUUACUAGACAAAUAGCUAGUUGGUGUU